UUUGGAACAUACGGUAGUUUCAUGAGUUUAAAGGCACAUGUAAGGGCAAUAAAUAAAACCACAGGCACUGACCAGAGCCAUCAGCCAUGUGCGUACGGAGAAGGGGGGGUGGGUCAAUUCUUAAAAGUUCCAAGUUGACCAUCUUUCCAGAUGGAAAAUGCUCCCGAAUGCUAGUGUAAAUGAUUUCACUUCUCCACCCCCCUAUAAAUAACAAUCACCAAACUCAAACUUUCAAGCACAUGCAUCGAACUCCUUUGAAGUACGAAAAACCAUUCUUGCACUUUCUGUUUUCACUUCUCAAUUUCUUCCAUUAAGGAGUCAGGGAUCCAAAAUUGCUUUCAGAAAUUCCUAAAUUUACCAACAUGGUUUUCCGAUUGCCUUCUAUGAUCACAAACACCAAAGAAAUUGUACUAAAGAGGCGUAACAAAAUUCAGGGUGGAGUUCCAAAGGGGCACCUUGCAGUAUAUGUGGGAGACUAUAAUGAAGGUAAGAAGCGGUAUGUGGUGCCUUUAUCUUGCUUGAGUAAUCCCGCAUUUCAAGAACUGCUUAGCCUUUCUGAGGAAGAGUUUGGCUUUAGUCAUCCCACUGGUGGACUCACCCUUCCCUGCGAUGAAGAUACAUUCAUCCAUGUCGUUACCUGUCAAUUAGAUUCACCAGGAAAAUAUGAAGAUUGACCAUAACAGAACUAGGCCUUCGCUACUUUCACAUCAAAAUUCUUUAUUAACAUUCUUUUUUUUCUGGUUAUCGAUGUCAAGCGAAUAUCUGAGAUCCAGAUUACAAAACUGCACAGCUGUAUAUACAAAACACUUUUUCCACUCAAUUUUUUUAGUGAUCUACUUUUUAGUGGUUACAUAUCAUAUCAGUAAUUUGUGCAAUAAUUCUGUCAUAUUUUUGGAUGGUUAGCCUUUAUUGUCAACAAGAUUAAUCGCAUGUAGAGAUCUAUGAUGAAAUUCAUGUCUCCAUGAAAACUGUUCUUUGCAUUUCUCGGAAAAACAAAAAAUAAGCUUAGAACCUAACAAGCGAUUGUAUCGAGUAUCAAGUUUAAUUGGAGUAAAAGAAACU